AUGUACCUUUCAAAACGCUUGGAAGGUAUCGACCUCAAUCAUAAGUGGGACCGUAAGGUCCGUCGUACGAAGCCAAAAUCGUUGGACGUGUACCUUGGAUUGCUGGUGAAGUUAUACCGUUUCCUGUACCGUCGUACACACAAGAAGUUCAACAAGAUCGUGAUGCGUCGUCUGUUCAUGAGCAGAACGAACCACCCCCCCAUGUCGCUUAACCGCGUUGCCCAGUUGAUGAAGCUGCGUGCCAAGGAUGAGAAAUCGGUGGCCGUUGUGAUCGGCACGGUCACCAACGAUGUACGCAUGCUAGAUAUUCCGAAGCUUAACGUGUGCGCUCUCCGUGUGACCGAGAAGGCUAGACAGCGUAUUCUGAAGAACGGUGGCAAAAUCUACACGUUCGAUCAGCUCGCCCUGCUUUCUCCGACCGGAAGAAACACCGUGCUAAUGCAGGGCAAGCGUACUGCUCGGGAGGUAUUCAAGCACUUCGGCCGUGCUCCGGGUGUACCACACUCCAACACACGCCCGUACGUGCAGUCGAAGGGCCGCAAGUUUGAGAAAGCUCGUGGUCGCCGAAGCAGCUGCGGUUUCAAGAACUAA